CGUACUUUCAACACCUUGCUCAUACAAGAGGCUAUUGAGCAAAAUCGGGGGUUAAAAGUCUUUGUCAAAAGACGUGGAAAAACUCAUCUGACAAAACUCAAACCUCAGAUGGCAGGAUCGUUACAUCGUUUCCAGAGAUUCUCGCUGAAAUUGAAAACUUCUAUGGCUGACUCUAUAACUCGCAUGCCCCAAAUCCAAAUCCAAUGCAAAUGAUCCCAGAGCUUCACUCACGCGCCGUUUCACUGACGAUUUUCGAGACAUUAACGAAGGCAAAAUUGCGGCAACUUUCAAACAACUUUUUUCGCCUUCCGCGGUCGUCGCAAGCAGACGUGCGCUUGUUGUCUAUCAUCAAUUUUAAUUAUUAUUAUAAUCUGUGCAAUCUAUAAUAGCCCCUAUUACAUAUACAGUGAAUUCAGUUUCCAUCAAUUGUAAGUGUGAUCUGUGUUCUCCACAUACCUACAACUGUGAGGCGAAAAGGACAAAUAGCCGUUUCCUUUCUUUUUUCUUUUCAUUCACGCGCGCUAUUAACCAACGUAAGAUGAACGUCGUGCGCUCCCCAGGUAAAGAAAUCUGCGGCUCAAGCCACGCUGGUUCCUUAACCGACCUCUCUAAAUGCGACUCGUCCCCGCUGACAUUGGACACAUUGGUUAACACGCGUAAAAACAAACGUAAACUACCUGAUUCAGACACUGAACUAAGACAUGAACUCAUGGAUUUUCGCAACGAAAUGAUGGGAUUUCUUCGUGAGUUUAGAAAGUCUCAUGACGAGGACAUGAACCGUAUUAGAGAUAAUGUCUCCGAAAUAAAAAAUCAAGUCUACUCCAUAAAGACCAUCACGGAUUCCAUAAUAGUUGAACAUAAUAUCAACAAGACGAAAUUGGAUACACUGUCUGCUUCUAUGGAAUUUCAUUCAAAGGAACAGGAUGACAUAAAGAUCAGCUUCGGCAAAAUAUCAUCGGAAAUUAGACACCUGCUUAAUAUGUAACACGACCUCGCUGAAUGUAAAAGCACAAUUGAACGAUUACAAAAUGAACAAUACAUAACACAACAACGUGACCGCAUUCACAACCUGAAGAUCUGUGACGUUCCAGAACAUGCUGGAGAGAAUGUAGCUCGAUAUCUAAUCUCCAUCGCGAACUGUGUCGGGUUAAAAGUCUCUGAAGACGACUUGAUACAUGCACACUGAGUUCCGACCCGUGUACCUAAUAAACCAAAGAAUAUCGUCGCAAAGUUCAAUUCACUUCAAUUAAAGGAUAGCAUCUCAGGCAUCAGAAAAAGGAAAGGCAUCACAAUAGCCGACAUCGGUAUCGCAGGCGACCCACGCAAAAUAUGCGUAUGUGAACAUCUAAUACCUCAAUAUAAUCAACUCCAUAAAAAAGCUAGAGAAGCAGCUGUAGUCGCUAACUUCAAAUAUGUUUGGAUUCGCAACUGUAAAAUUUAUAUUCGUAAAAAUUAUACCUCACCUUCAUUCAUAAUUAAGGACCUUAGUGAUCUUUGUAAAAUUAAGUGACUUUUUCUAUUUGCUUUAUUUUUUGUGUCCUCAUUUUCAAAAUAUGUUUACAUUUAUAUACCCAUAAUUCUACUGAUAUACCCACAGGUAAAAAAAAUCAUUUAAUUUUAAGUUUUGAAAUAUAUAUUCGUUAUGAAUAUUAUAUAUACUUUGUUUUUUGUUUAUCUUAUUAACAAAUAAAUCGUAAAGCAUCUAACUCAAUCAGGACCAUAAACUUACAUAUUAUUAUUAUCACUUCCAAUCAAUUGCCGUGACUUUCUGGUAGGUAUAUCUAAAGCAUUUAUUUAUUUUACUCCUCAUAAUAAUGGGUACUCAUCACUAUUCAAUUAUGACCAUGCACUCUCUAAUUAUUGUAUUUCGAGACAAAUCGAAGCAAACAACUACCGGAAAACAACACAUAAUUGCAUGUAAAUUAUUGUUUUA